AUGAAAGUCAAUAAGGCACUCGAUCAGAAUGCAAGCGAUCAGUGAUGGCUCGAAAGAAUGAAGAAGGAAGAAAAUCAUAAGCUAAAAUCAGUUUAUAAAGGGAUAGACAUGAGAAUAAUAUCUUCCCUCCCUGUUUCAGACCAGUUCGCUUCAAGUAUUGAUAAAAUGAAUCCCAAAAGUUCUAAUUUCAUCCCUCUUGCAGUUACCAACCAAUAUUUCAAGAAUACUAAAUUUAAUGCUAAAGAUGUCUAUGGGAAAGGUCCCAAAUCUCAAGAUUUAAAAGGCCCAGUCACAUCUGUGAACGGAGGAAAAUAAGAUGUACUAUGGCAAUGAUAGGCUCAGAUAUAUGGACAAAAAUAUUGACUUAUCUCAACCAGAGUAUAAACGUUACAACUUGCAAAAGCCUAAUAAUGCCCCUAAUUGUCUCUCAAGGAGAACGAAUAGUAUUAAUCCUAGUCAUAAAGGUACCUUCGUAGACUUGAAACAUCCUUAUCAAUGGGAUAUUAAGCCUAAAGAGGAAAGGAACUAUAGUUAUAUCAGAAGUUCAAAAGAAUCUUCUCCAAAGGUGAAUAAUUCUACCUUUGAAAACUCAGUAUACAAGGAAAAUAGAAAGAAGCAGGACCCUCUUCACCAUGGUAAGGAGAUAGCAGAAAGACUGAACUAUCUCGAAAAGAAGGAUCUGAGUAACAGUAAUUUCAUGACUACGAAAUAUCUCAAGAAUGUAUCCACUAUUGAGGCUGUCUCUCCCCUCAAAUCUGCAUAUAGAAGAAACCAAGCUUAUAAUGCAGUUAAUUCUAUGAGCAAUUUUUAUAAUAGUCCUAGAAAGCAAGAGCAGGUUUCACCAAAAGUCGGACAGUACGAAACAGUAAGGAUCAAAAGCUAACACUAUAGGACUCGUUAAAGAAGUACCAAAAUUAUUCACCUCUG